AUGAGACAGGACCGCGGAGGAAACCUCAUGUUCAACAUGUAUCUCUCAGAUCCAACAGAAAAUCUGUUGAAAGAAAGCAAAGGAACAUCUUGGAGUCCAAUAAAUACCGGAGUGCAAAAAGGCAGCGGACAGAUCCAGCUGUGGCAGUUCCUUCUGGAGCUCCUCUCGGACAGCACCAAUGUGUCCUGCAUCGCCUGGGAGGGCACCAAUGGGGAGUUCAAGCUCAUCGACCCGGAUGAGGUGGCCCGGCGCUGGGGGGAGCGGAAGAGCAAGCCCAACAUGAACUACGACAAGCUGAGCCGGGCGCUGCGCUACUAUUACGACAAGAACAUCAUGACUAAAGUGCACGGCAAGAGAUACGCCUACAAGUUCGACUUCCACGGCCUGGCGCAGGUGUGCCAGCCGUCCACCACGGAGCAGGCCAUCUACAAGUUUCAGGGGAACUUCUCCCCGAUCCCCUUCUCCGGCAUUUCCAAACUGAAUCUCGUCACGCCCGGCGUGGGUCCCUCGGGUUUCUCCUACUGGCCCGGCUCCCCACCGGCGGCCCUUUAUCACAGCCACAACCUGCAGCCUACGGGGCCCUUCGGCACCGUGUCUCCGUCUCACAUCAGUUGCGUCAACAACAUCAACAGUCUGGCCAACAUCAACAAUCACUACAACUGACUCCUGUUGCACAUUCCAUGCCAGACUUGGAAUAAAUAAAUAAACACGAACUGGUUUUUAUUUGCGCCCCAAAUGUUGAGUAAUUCCACCGUGAUUUGGACAAGAUUUUUGAAAAACGACAUUUAUUUUAUUUCACUCAGCAAACCUGCCUUUUUCCACACUUAGCCUUGUAAAUUUUGGACUGCAUUUUAUCCCGGUAUGUCGGUAAAUUAUUAAUUAGAAUCAAAAAUGAACAUUACGUCCUAUUUUAUUAUAUUCCCCAAUUUGAUUAUAUAUGGUUCUUGUAGAUAUGAAGUAAAUAAUUUCCAAUAACUUGAAUCAUUCUGACCCUUUCUUCAGACUACUGCGUAGAAACAACCAAGAUGUGUGUUAAAAACAAACAAAAAAUAGUUUGACUAUGCUUAAAAUUGUUUUUCACUCAGAUGUAAUGAAUAUUUAAUAAAUGAAUAAAUACAUCCAUUAGAAAAAAAUCCUCCUAUCAUUUGACACAAACUACUUUUCUGCGCUAAAUGUCAUUGUUUUGAAAUAUAAAAUUUCUGAUCUCCACUCAACAAAUUUUGAAUUUCAGAAAUCAACAAACUUUUAUUUAUGACAACGUGUUUUUUGAUAGA